AUGGUUGGAAGCAAGCGCACGAGGAGUAAAACCGCCGCGAUGGCUCAAUCUGUGACGGCCCAAAGCCACUCCACCCACGAUCCCGCGAUCAACAUGGUGGCACCACCACCUCUCGCCACCGUGCCACCUACCGGACCCGCGACCGAAUCUAGCAACCUCCGUGGCACCGCCGCCGAACAUGGUGGAACCUCCCAUCAAGGUGGGCUCGUUACCACCACCGACUUAGGCCCGGUCUUGGAGCAACUUCAAGCGUUCCCUCCAUUGCCUCCACGCUCGACACACGCUCUCGCGUACACCUCCAGUGAAACCCUAGCCCGUGUGCAAUUGGGCUCCACACGCUUCUCUCCUCCCGAUCCACAAAGUCAAGCAGAUCUCAACUUGAGAGUUGACCAGCUAGCUCAGAGAAUGGACGACCAAAACGCUCUUAUGAGGCAGCUCCUUAAUCAAAUAAGCGUGGCUCAAAAUCUUGGCCUUGGACAACCAGGCGAAGUGAGAAGAAUAGACGAACGCACCGGUGGGCAGCUCAACGGGGACCAAGCGGGUCGAGCAGGAGCGAGCAGACAAGGGGAUGCACAACCACGUGAUCAGCUUGCCGACAUGUCGCAAGCAUCUGCAAGCCACACACAAAGCAACGUGCGAGAAAAGCUCGGCCCACGACUUGACGUUCGUGCUCGCCUGGGCCCGCAAGGGAAUGUACUUCAAAGGCUAGGCUCCCAAGGAGAUCAAACUGACAAUCGCCGCAAUGAGGAUUGUGAAGAAAGGCGCUCCGCUGCCCACUCGCAGAGAAAUAUUCACGAAAGGCUAGGCCCCCAGGGAGGUCAACCCGCUAACCCUCGCAAUGAGGAUCGUGAAGAGAGGCACUCCAUUGCCCGCUCUCAGAGAACCAACUCUCGCCGUCAAGCUGCAGAAAAUCCCUCGCAAUCGCAGUCCACCAACACGUCUCUUAGGCAGCGCGGACGAGAGGACCGACCCUUGCAGACCAACGAGGAGGUCAAUCAGCGUCGCCCGAAUCGCAAAAGUCGCCAACGUGAUCCACCAGCACUGCGCGCGGAAGACGUUGAGAAGCUUGUGAAUGACCGACUUCGAGACUUGAAGACUGGCGGGAACCUCGAGGAUGCACUACGUAAGGAGAUGGACCAGGCGAUCUCUACUCCUUUCACCCCUGAAAUCGAGCAGGCUGCUCCCCCGAAGCGAUUCUCAACGCCCUCUUUUACAUGCUUCAAAGGCGAUUCCGAUCCCGAAAGCCAUCUGAAGCAUUUUAAGAGCCUUAUGAUCCUCUACAAAGCCGAAGACGCGCUAAUGUGCAAGGUCUUCAAGGAGCUUGCUUAUGUCUUCACUAAAGAAUACACUUCUUAUCGGUCAAUCAAGAAGAAUCCUGACUAUCUGUUCAACCUGCACAAGAAGUCCAAUGAAUCCCUGCGAGACUACAUCAAGAGGUUCAAGGCGGAGAGGGCAAACAUUGUAGGAUGUGAUGACCAAAUUGCGUUCUCUGCCUUCAAAAGGGGGUUGCCAACUGAAUGUGAGCUGUAUCGUGAGCUGACCAUCUAUCCUCGCCAAACACUGGUAGAAGUCUUCGCUAUAGCAGAGCGCUACGCAUUAUGGGACGACGACCGGAUCGCCAUGAAGAAGGCUGAUCAAGUAGCUGAGCAGGCAAGCCAAGAGAACGGCAAGCGCAAAUCACAGCCUCAGGAAGGUGCUUCAGCAGCGGAGAGCUACACCAAGUUCACUAUCCCGAUACACCAGAUCCUGGCCCAAGUAAAAGACAUGCCUUGGUUGAAGAAACCAUCGCCUUUAAAGGGAAACCCAAACAAGAAGGAUACCAGUAGAUACUGCACAUUCCAUGAAGGGCAUGGUCAUUACACAAACGACUGCUUCGCCUGGAAAAGGCACCUUGAAGAUCUAGUCAGAGACGGCCAUUGCACAGAAUUCAUGGCAAGGAGGGCUAUCCAGCAAAUCAAGGAUUGUGACGCAGCUAACGAUGAACCUCCACGAAAAAGGUCAUAUGGAUCAACACGAUCCUAG